AUGAAGGUCGGCGACCCUAUCUAUCGUGGCGACCCCGUCCCUCUCCCCGUCGAAGUGAUCUGGUUGAUCGCCUCAUACAACCACCCUGGCUCCAGUUCCAAGUCCCUCUUCAAUACUGCCGACUCCGACUCCGACUCCGACUCUUCACUUGAUUCACUUCUCCUCUUGCAAAAGACGUUAUGGGCAUGCUGCCUCGUCUCGCGACCAUGGUACACCGCGUCGAUCGAGCACCUGUACAACCGGCCAGUCCUGAACAACCGCAACUUCGACCUUUUCGUGCGCACGAUCGCGCCGUCCCCUUCAUCCGUCCCGGCUUCCGUGAGACGCAAACCGCGCCUGGGUCUCGAGAAACUGAUCAAACAUCUCGACAUGAGCGGAUUGUCGUAUGAGAGCUCCAAGAGUCUCACGGCCCGGUUGAUUCGGCGGACCAAAGAUUCGCUCGAGAGUUUUGCCGCCCCAGCCAUUACUUUCUCUAUCCCCUCGCUAGCACCACUCUCCAAAUGCCUGCAUCUGCGCUCCUUAGAUCUAUCCACAGACUACUAUGACAUCGACCUCCCGCAGCUCCUCGACGCCAUCGACCACCUGGACCGCCUCACGACGCUCAAACUCCCGCGCAACGCGUUAUGGGCCGACCUGAAACCACAGUCGCGCUGGCCGAAGAACCUGAGAUUCCUCCAAGUCUCGCACCGACUCUACGAGGACGAAGGCUCGUGGGCAACCUUGUUCGACAGCUGGCCGGAGACGCUAAAGACACUGAGAAUCGCCGAGUGCCUGUACUACUCGUUUUUCAAAUGUCUGGACAGAUGCCCAUCUACAUCGGCAGCGCGGACAAUUCGGACGCUUGAGAUCGGGCCGGCAUUGCAUGAGGACAGAUUACCCUUGGGCGCGAUCAUGCAUGCCUUUCCCAUGGUCAAGACGCUAGUACUCCCCGCUUACGUCGGCGCUCACAAGAAUCCUCUGUACGAAGAGGAUGGACACGGGAAUGUGACUUUCUCCAUCGCCCCGGUGUCUCAAGAGCAGCAUCCCCUCGAGAAUCUCGUCCUGAGAGAUUACAAUCAUGUAUCACAGCCCGAUUUGGAUGACAUGGUCUGGAUCCUGAGCGUCCUCAUCGACAGGUUCCCUCGACUUCGAAGGAUCGAACUGCCCGAACGAUAUUUCAGUGUGGCGGAAGAUGUGCUCUCUUUCGAGGCCCUCACCAACACCCUAGAGCAGAGGGCCGACAAAGCCGGCAAAGACUCGGCGGGUAUUUUUCUGCUUGAUGCUUCUUCUACGUUGUCUUGA